AUGGAAGAAGGGUUAGGUAGAAACUCAGUUCCUCCUCCAGGUUCCAUUGACAAGACUAAGAUUCUUGAUAUUAAGCCUAUAAGAUGUUUGAUACCUGUUUUUUCGAAGAAUCCUCAAGCUCCGUCUUCGGGACAGUAUCCUUCCGGGUUUUCUCCGUUUUUCCCAUUUGGUGGACCUCAGGAGAGUUCAACCACUGGGGUGAAACCAAGAGGUAGAGCUAUGCCGGCUCCGAUUCGAGCGUCUAGGAGUCCUCUGGGAGAGAAUGAGGAUCUCAAUGGCAAUGAUGGUUAUAGUCACAAAAGAAAUGCACCAUCGCGUUCGAGCCGGGUUGAGUUACAAAAGAUCAAACUACGUAAUAAUGUCCAUGUUGAUUGGAGUGGUUUAGUUGGUAUAGGCCCGGCAGAAAAAAAUGAUGGUAACCGAGAAGUUGUUAAUAUUGUGCUCAUGUCAUUUGAUGCACUAAGAAGAAGGCUAUGUCAACUUGUUAAUGCCAAGGAAUUGAACCUGGGUAAGAUUACGCGUGCCGAUUUGAAAGCUGGGAAUAUUUGUUUGUCCAAAGGAAUUCGAACAAAUGCGACGAAGAGAAUUGGCUCGGUACCUGGAGUUGAGAUUGGGGACAUAUUCUUUUUCCGGAUGGAAAUGUGUGCUGUUGGUUUGCAUUUCCAAUCGAUGGGGGGAAUUGAUGCCAUCAAGAGUGACCAUAAGGAUGAGACUUUGGCUGUUUGCAUUGUUUCGUCAGAUGAAUACGACGAUGAACCUGAAGAUGGUGAUGUUAUAAUUUACACCGGUCAGGCUGGGAAUUUCAAAAAGAAAGAGAAGCAUAUGUCUGAUCAGAAGCUUCAUAGGGGUAAUCUUGCUUUGGAUAGAAGUUCAAGACAACACAAUGAAAUAAGAGUCAUCCGGGGAAUGAAAGAUACUACGGCUUUGAACUCAAAAAUCUACGUCUAUGAUGGUCUGUAUAAAAUUCAAGAUUCAUGGGCUGAAAUAGCAAAAGAAGGCGACGGCAGCUUGUUUAAGUAUAAGUUGAUAAGAGUGCCCGGACAACCUAGUGCCUUUUCCGUUUGGAAAUCGAUUCAGAAGUGGAAAUCUGGAUUUUCUGCGAGGACUGGACUUAUUCUCCCAGACCUAUCCUCAGGAGCUGAGAGUAUUCCUGUUUCACUUGUCAAUGAAGUCGAUAACGUGAAGUCACCUGCCUUUUUCACAUAUUUCCACUCUCUUAGACAUCCAAAAUCAUUCAGUUUAACGCAGCCUUCACAUGGUUGCAGCUGUAGUGCUAAAAAAACAUGUUUCCCAGGUGAUUUGAACUGCUCUUGCAUUCAGAGAAACGAAGGUGAUUUUCCGUAUAUCAUCCAAGGUGUUCUGGUGAGCCGGAAGCCGUUGAUUCAUGAAUGUGGCCCUACAUGUAAAUGUUUUCCAAACUGCAAAAACCGAGUAUCUCAAACCGGUAUAAAACACCAAAUGGAAGUGUUCAAAACAAAGGAUAAAGGCUGGGGUCUACGAUCAUGGGAUCCUAUUCGUGCCGGCGCUUUUAUUUGCGAGUAUGCAGGAGAAGUUAUUGAUAAAGCUAGGUUAAGUCAGCUUAUAAAAGAAGGAGAUACUGAUGAGUAUGUUUUCGAUACAACCCGUGUUUAUGAAUCUUUCAAGUGGAACUAUGAGCCUGAGUUACUGGAUGAAGUGAGAGCAAACGAGUCUAGUGAGGAUUACGCUAUGCCACAUCCUCUUAUUAUAAAUGCUAAGAAUGUUGGAAAUGUCGCUAGAUUCAUGAAUCAUAGUUGCUCACCAAAUGUUUUCUGGCAGCCUAUCUUAUACGAAGAGAACAACCAGUCCUUUCUCCAUGUUGCAUUUUUUGCAUUGAGACACAUUCCUCCACUGCAAGAGUUGACAUAUGACUACGGAGCUGAUCGAUCUGAUAACGCUGAGGGUAGCAGUGCACACAAAGGUAGAAAGAAAUGCUUAUGCGGAUCAUUGAAAUGCCGUGGUUCUUUUACUUGA